GUAAUGUACCUAGAAUUUUGAUAUAGUUGAAACUCUUAAUCCAUCAAUUUUUGUAGUCAUUGUAUUUAUUUGCCUAUAAAUUUGAUGUCUAAACUGAAUGCUGCUUAGAUAGAUUUAUUUGACACAUUAAUUCAAUGUUACUGCAAUUCAUUUAUUGUGUAUUUGUAAUUUCUCAGGUGAAUCAAAUACUUCUUGGCUUCCCAAAAUUUAAACAGCAGGUUUUUCAAUUUAUAUGAUGGAUAAGAAACCUACUUUUUCACAAUCAAUUGCAACUGAUGAGUAUGAUCCUUUGAAAGCUGGUAGCAUUGAUUGCUCUGACACUCGACCCCAUGACCGAGCUGUGUGUCGAGCUCUGGAAGCAAAGCAUGUGCCUCCCAAACACAUCAAGAGUAAACCUUCUUGCACAAUAUUUGUAGGCCGACUCCCUUUAACUAUCUUGGAAGAUGAAAUUUUUGCUGCAAUAUCUAAAGUGGCAUCUGUUAGAAGUGUUAAAGUUGUUAAAGACAUCAUAACUGGCUUGGGCAAAGGUUAUGCGUUUGUGGAGCUGAAGCAUUCUGGGGAUGUUGAAAAAGUGCUGCACAAUUGUAAGGGUCUGUCUUUUGAUGGUAAAAAAGCGCUGCUUGACAGAGAGGUGGGAAGGUCACUGAAGGGAUGGAUCCCAAGGCGCUUAGGAGGGGGUUGGGGUGGCCGCAAAGAAGCUGGUCAGCUCAGAUUUGGUUGUGUGGACAGACCCUGGCGGAAACCAAUCAUGCAGCAGAAAAAUGAAGAUUCCAAGAGCUUUGGUGGCCCUCCUACUCACAACUCUGGCCAUAGAAACUUUUCAUUUCAUGAGCCUUAUGCAAGGAAAAGCAAUAUGGAAAGUAGAAAGAAGGAUCAUGUAAACAGAAAGAUGAACCAGGAGUGCUAGCUAUUUUUAAU